AUAAAUAAUAAUCUCUAUAAUAAAUUUAAUACAAUUUAGCAAAAUUUAACGUACACGCCAGAGGAGUAACAUUUUCCUCUCGAAUUAUAUAAGAACAAAAGAAUCAAUUCACGGAGAAGUUGAUUAUUGCAACUGAACGACCACAGGUCGACCUUCGGCCUUCAGUCUGACCCGGAAAAUUGAUAUGAAGCCGGAUCGCAUCCUGCGAAGAAAUUCGAUCGCGUUUUACUCUUCCAGGAUUCAGUUUUUAAAUCCGCUUUUUUCAGCUCGCGAUGGCACGGGCUUCACAAAAUUAUUUUUGUGAUAUCCUUUUGUCGUGCGAGGGGCGCGCUAUAUAGCAUAGAUAAAUUCACUCACAAGUGAUCGGGGCAUCCUUCGCCGUUGCAUUCCCGCUGCCGUUGCAACCGCCAUUGUACGCACGCCGUUGCAUCUCCGCCGAAUUGUUCCAUUGUUCCGAAAACAACGCUCACUCGCGCUGACGCAUCGAUCGGCAAGGCGCCGUUAAUUACAAUCGUACGCUAAUUAGCAUUACAAUCGCGGCGUUCUCGCCGUGAUUCGGACAAGCGAGUAACAAGAGACGAAACCCAUCGUCGUUCCGUUUGUUCAGACGCGGAAAAAUUCGGCCGGCACAGCGAUCCGCGCGGUAAUGCGAUCUCGUCGCUUCUCCGCGACGGCACUCCUAAUUAAAGUCACGAUCAAAUUCGCGCUCAAGUCUUUGGCUUCAUUCCAUUCUUGUUUAUGCCUGCAACGAACAAUAAAGAAUGACGCCAGUAGCGCUUUGAACGUGAAUCGGACCGCGGCUUUGGUCAGGAGAACGGAUAUCUUAACCUCUAAACUUUAACGCGCUUUACGUUACAUAAUCGCAAUAACCGUUUUGAUCAGGUUGAAGACGUGUGUCCAUAGUGAAACACAAAAGGCACUUUAACACUCAAUACCUCGCUUCGCGAGGCAGACGGUCACGUUUUGAUACGAGCGAGAAAAAUACGACGACGAUCGCGCGCGCGAUACGCCUCGACGGAAGACGUCGCGCGACCAACUUCAUGCCGUACGUAGCGCGGCUCCGCGAGAAUCGCGAAAUCGAGUGGAAAAUCGAGAGAUAUUAAUCGAUCCGUCUCGCGUCACUCGAUCCGCAGUAUCCGCAUAUCUGCAUAUCGCGCGGUCCACGGACGGAAUUCACCGGCGGGAACAGAUGGGGGAUAAAACGCGAUCGGCGCCGCGAUGCGUAUGCAUACGCGGGCGACAACGCACGUUUGGAACGCGACGCUCCGUGACGUCGUGACCGUGACCGUGUGAGUCAAAACAAGUGACGGGCCGGGGGCGGAGAGAGUGGCUUCGUAAAUAACCUCAUCCGGCGGCUCGCGCGUACGCGAGGAAGCACGAAAGGCUUCGACUAGUUUACGUGGUAAUCUAAUCUCGCUUUUGCUUCGCCCCGAUGAUCUCGCGGAGGAUCAGCUCGCGAUAUAUCUGAAGCUCGCCUCACUUCACGCCGGCCUCUUCCUUCUUUCGUUUGACUGUCUUCGAUACUUCGCGUCGUUCGGAAUCCCUCGCCCAGGUAGAGCACAAAAUCAUAGUAAUAAGAUCGACAUCAAGUAGAAGUUAUUUUAGAAAGGUUAUUUUAGGAGUUAUUUAGGAAAAGCGUUAUGCUCUCAAUCAUCUUACUUUAGUUGCGUUCGGAAACAUCACCCGAGUUAUUUUAUCCUUGUUAUUUUAUUCUUGCUCGAACGUUACACAAAGAUAAAAUGAUACCUGAUGACACUCGAGUGAUGUUUCGGAACGUAGUUUUUGUAUUUUUCAGAUAGGUUUUGCAGCAGCAAUAUCACUGAUCCUUUGCCUUCUGUGUAUUUGUACACGGUUGGCAAAUUUGUGUUAAAUUUAACAUGCCACAUGUCCACUUGUGAAAAGAGAAGAUAAUUUUAUAGCUAUUUGUAAUAUCUCUGUUACUAGAUGACAGAAAGGGAGUUUUUAAAUUUAUCAACUGUUCAUCAGUCGCGUUACGUGCAAAUACAGCUUCGCUUUGUAAAAGCUGCAUUUGCAUAUAAUGUGGUCAGUCAAUGAUCAAUGGUGAAUGGUCAAUGAGGAAACCCAUUUGAAUUCUAGUACUUUAUAUAGAGUUAUUUGCUAAAUCCCAAUACACAAUAGCUGACAUUUAUUAUAAUGCGUUUUUACUUUUGUGCAUUUUUAAACUUUUUCAAGAAAUACAUUUUAACACAUAUUACCUCAUUCUCUUUUUAAACUUAAAUGUAUUAUCACACGAAUAUUUGUGCACUUGGUUUGUUUUUCAACAAUUUAUUCGGCCGUACACAUUUUGAGUUAUCUGCAAAAUUAAACAGUAGCACAGAAUUUUGCUAACGUAGCCCUCAAAUGUGCUGAUGCCUCAACAGGCCUAACACAGACAUUUUUUUGAAGUUUUCAAAUUAAAGUAGUUAGUUUCAUUACUAAUCUAUAGUUUACAUGUAUUAUAGAUUUUCUGUAUGUGGAAAAGUUACGUGUACGUACAUUUGAUGUACGUUUAUAUUUUGACGUUGGCGUAUGUAUAUUUUGCAAUAUUUUUUCUUUACUUUGAAUUCUUAUAAUUUUAUAACAAAACACUGUGUGUUUUUCAACUUCACUAUUGAAUAAUAUACAACAUUUGGUAUUGAUAUGUAAAUUAAAAAAAAAAAAGUAAACCACUGUUAAUUAAUGUAACGCAAAAUUUUUAUACAGUUUUAUACACUUGGUUCAUUAAUGAAAAUAAUUAUAAUCUGGACCUUUACAAACACAAUUAACCUAAUUAGCUUAAAUAUAGCAGGGUUAAACUUCCUGCUGAUCAAUGGCAUGGCUAAGCAUAGCUUAGCGUUCAGGAAUGGCGCUUACAAGGAUGAGUUAGGAUAGAUGAAAGGAAUAAAAUAUGUAUAUGCGAAAAUUAUACAUAAAAUUUACGUACAUUACUACAUUGUAAGGCAAACAAAUCCAGCUUUUUAAUUCUAUUUUUUUGUGGAAAACCUCAUUUAUCUCUGUUUUUCUUCGAUUUAUUAUGCAGUAUUGUCAUAUUUUUGUAAAUAACAGUUUUAUGCAGUACCGUCAUAUUUUUGUAAAUAACAUUCUAAAUAAUAAAUAGUAACAAGAGAAUGUAGACUAAUAUGUGAAAACAAAAAUUAAAUGGAGAUGAGCCUUGUUUGGUCAUUUAGUUUCUUGCUGAUGUACUAUUUUUCACAACAAAUUCUGUAUUUGAAGUGAUAAAAAAAUAACACACUUUUAUUAGCAUCAUUAUUAUUAAAUAUCCAUUUAAUAUUGUAAUAUUAUUAAUUAUUAUUAUUGUUCAAUAUAAAACUGUUUUACACCGGAAAUUUAUUUGGUGCACAAUUGAAUGAAUUUGAAAAGGUAUAUAAAAUAAAAUCAUACAAGAAAUAUCAGCAAAAAGAUUCAGCUGAUCAAACAACACACAAAAUAAUAAAUUUUUUGUAAUUUUAAGUCUGCAAUUCAACAACACAUUGUCGAAUGUAAACAUUAAGUUUCCAAUUUAAAAUAUUACUUAUUAAUCAAAUUAUUGUACAAAAUGUACAUAAGGAGCUAUAUAAUGUCAUGCUGUCUCUUCUAUACAAUAAAAUCAAGUUAAAUCUCAAUUGAUACAUUUUGAACAAUGAUUUUGUAAAGAAUUCUGAUAGUGUAACAAUAACAUGAAUUUUAAAAUGACUUUUUAACUAGAAAAAUUACACUUUACUAAAAUCAUUGCGAUAUUAAGAAUUUAUCACAAAUUUAUUCUCAGAAGAAUAUCAAAUAAGAUCAUACAUGUAGAAAAAAAAAUUUGUGGAAGAACUAAAAUAUUCAGUCCAACGCGUUUAACUAAAUAUUGAGUUGAUUCAAUUAACUCUUGGUAAAAAAUUUGAAUAGUUGACAUGAAUGAAGUAUAUCUUUUUUCGUGCCACUAAAACGUCAUUGUUAAACCGACUCAAUGUUUAGUUGAUCAUAUCGGGCUGAAUAUUUUAAUUUUUUAACAAAUUUUUUUACAUUGCAAUAAUUUUUCUUAAAAUAUAGCUUCUAUCUGAUGUUAUCUCGAUCUUAUUAUGAUUUUAUGUUUUACCCGUUUUCUCUCACAUUUUUCUCUCCGUCAAACGCGCAAAAUUCACGCGUGAUGAAGCGCCAGGUAGAGCGAUCGUUCUCAAUAUCCAUUAAUUGGCGCGCGCAAUCGUGUUUAGCGAUGCUUUUAUUUCGCUUUUUUUUCCUGGCGAACGUGAGUGGCAAUGGAACAAUGGUACAAGCGGCAGCAUCAGGAAGCAACGAAGCGGUAGAUAGCGAUAUCAGCGUACAACAGAGCAGAAGUACAUCGUACAUUCACGGACUAUUGCCGUUCAAGUUACUGCGACACGGGAUUCGAAUGGCAAAGCGGCUCGCAGUUCGUAAAACAGCAAUACAUCGUAAAAGUAUUUACGCAGAACUCUCUACGCGGAGACGAUCUUAUUCUUCCCGCGAAACACGAUCGAGGCUAAUAUACAAAACAAGAGAUAAAUCGGACAGAGGAUCGACGUAAUGUUACCCGGACUCACUUUGAAAUCUUCCGAAAGGCAACGUGAGUCGUCAAAUCGACAUUUGAUAGCAAAGUUGACAAACUUGAAAAGCACGAAGAUUCGAUCAGGGCUGAAGGCAAGCAAACGAAAAGGAUUGGCAGAGAGAACAAGGAGCUCGCGGCAGUGAAGAUGGUAACGUAAAGAGGCGAGAUCGAAGGGCAAUGCAAAAUCGCGGGAAGUGAUAGAAAAUUUCUACCGAAACGAAAUGGAAAUAAGCUCGAUGACGACGACGACGACGACGGUCGCUUCCAGUUAUUACGACGUUGAGAGGUUCGCGCAAAACUUCAAUAAUAGUAACAACAGCAACCAUUACUAUUACGAAGGGCCGCUCGAAUGUAUGCAGGAAGUCAAUAUCGAUAGCCUGGCUGAUUUUAUUAUUUACGGCAUAUUUGUCAAUCUGAUCGGACUGUUCGGGAUCCUUGGCAACACAAUUUCGAUGAUCAUCCUGUCGCGUCCGCAGAUGAAAUCGUCUAUCAAUUAUCUGCUGAUUGGACUGGCCAGAUGCGACACAGUACUGAUCAUCAUCGCGGUAUUAAUCUAUGGAUUACCGGCAAUCUACACGUAUACGGGCGCGCUGUUCGACUAUAAGUUCAUCAUCUACCCGAAGACCAUCCGGUAUUUGUAUCCGCUGGCUUGCAUAGCGCAAUUUGUAACGGUGUAUCUGACGUUAACGGUGACUUUAGAGAGAUACAUCGCGGUCUGCCAUCCACUGAAAGCCAGAUCCUUCUGCACUUACGGGCGAGCCCAAGUGGCAGUGCUAGUCAUAGUGAUAGUCGCCUUUAUUUACAAUCUACCUAAAUUCUGGGAAAUCGAAGUGUACAACGAGAGACAUUGGAAGUACAAUAUCACGGCGUACUGCGUUAAACCAACUGAAUUAAGGAACAACGAGUACUAUAUCACCCUGUACGUCCAUUGGAUGUAUUUCUUCGUUUACUACAUGUUCCCAUUCAUCGCACUGGUGAUUUUUAACACGGCCAUAUACCUACGGGCACGUGUCGUUUUCCAGGUCAGGAAGGCGAACAGAGACUUGCAGCAGCUGUCGCGUCACCAGCGCCGUGAAAUCGGUCUAGCGACGAUGUUGAUGUGCGUGGUGGUCGUGUUCUUGAUCUGCAACAUUUUGCCCAUGGUCUCGAACGCGCACGAGACGUUCAUCGCGGAUCCGCCGCAGUGGAUGGUGCAGAUCGGCAAUCUGCUGGUGACCAUCAACAGCAGCAUCAACUUCAUCAUCUACGUGAUCUUCGGCCGGAAGUUCAAGAGGAUAUUCCUCAAGCUCUUUUGCUCGUCCAGGUUAUUCGUGCCCGGUCGAGACAGUCCAGAGUUCCAGACAUACGACGAGUCGGUCGUCACCACCAACACGACGAAUAUCGAGCUGAGAAACUCUAUCAGGCAUGGCCAUCUUCAUCGCGCCAACACCAUCAGCUGGAACAACAAUAUUCACGUGUCCAACGGCAGCACCAGGCAGAGCUUGAAAAGCGGCAGACCAGCUAGUCCCGGUUCUUGCCCGGUUUAUUAUCCGGGUAAAAAUUCAACUACGAAAAUGACGAACAGUCGCAACAGUUGGAACAGGAGGGAAAACGGCGAUGCCACCCUGUAA